AUGCCCAAAACCACCUCUUCCUCACCGGCGGAGUCGGCUAGCGAUGAGAAAGUAGUGUCGCCUUCUACGAGCUCCAACAGCCCUGACACGACUACAACCUCCAACACUACUGACACGACUAGCUCAAAACCUCGUCCAAAGAUAGACCGCGACUACUUGAAGACGCUAGAUAGCCAGUCGCUGACUACUUAUUUUAAAGCUAUGUCCGAGGAAGAAAGAGAAGAACUUUUUAGAACAUCUAGCAUACCACCUUACAAAGGUCCUUCUAUACCAUACGAUGACGACGCUGAUAUUGCCUAUGAGCAGGGGAAGCCGCUCCCAACCCCAGAUUUCAGCAAACCGGUUAAUACAUGA